AUGGAGGAACAUAUGGCUGGGCCGCUGUACCGCCUCCGACAUCGCCGGCUGAUGGACAUAGCACCUGCAAGCGCAAGCGAUUCAGGGCAUUCCGGCUCCAAUGGGAUGACCAUCAUGGUGUCGAUUCUGGCGAUGGUCAUCGCCUGCACUCUCUUCUACUGCGUCUACUGCUGGAGAUGGAGGAAGCGCAACGCUGUCAGGAGAGCUCAGAUAGAGAGACUGAGGCCGCUGUCCAACUCAGACCUGCCGCUCAUGGACCUGUCCUCCAUCCAUGAGGCCACCAACAGCUUCUCCAAGGAGAACAAGCUCGGAGAAGGCGGUUUCGGGCCCGUCUAUCGGGGUGUGAUGGGCGGCGGCGCGGAGAUUGCGGUGAAGCGGCUGUCGGCGAGGUCCCGGCAGGGCGCGGCGGAGUUCCGGAACGAGGUGGAGCUGAUCGCCAAGCUGCAGCACCGGAACCUGGUCCGCCUGCUGGGCUGCUGCGUCGAGAGGGACGAGAAGAUGCUCGUCUACGAGUACCUCCCCAACCGAAGCCUCGACUCCUUCCUCUUCGAUACCAGGAAGAGUGGGCAAUUGGACUGGAAGACGAGGCAGAGCAUCAUCCUGGGGAUCGCUCGUGGCAUGCUGUACCUGCACGAGGACUCGUGCUUCAAGGUCAUCCACAGGGACCUCAAGGCCAGCAACGUGCUUCUCGACAACAAGAUGAACCCUAAGAUCUCCGACUUCGGCAUGGCCAAGAUCUUCGAGGAGGAGGGCAACGAGGUUAACACGGGCCGCGUGGUUGGCACCUACGGGUACAUGGCUCCGGAAUACGCGAUGGAGGGCGUUUUCUCGGUGAAAUCAGACGUUUUCAGCUUCGGGGUCCUGGUGCUAGAGAUCCUCAGCGGGCAGCGGAACGGCUCCAUGUACCUCCAGGAGCACCAGCACACCCUGAUCCAAGAGGCCUGGAAGCUGUGGAACGAGGACAGGGCGGCGGGUUUCAUGGACGCGUCGCUGGCGGGGUCGUACUCGAGGGACGAGGCGUGGCGGUGCUUCCACGUCGGGCUGCUGUGCGUGCAGGAGAACCCGGACCUCCGGCCCACCAUGUCCAACGUGGUGCUCAUGCUCAUCAGCGACCACACGCAGAUGCCGGCGCCCGCGCAGCCGCCGCUGUUCGCCAGGCCCAGCAAGAAGGCGUCCGUGUCCGAUUUCUCGAUGGCCAUGAAGACGGAGACCACCAAGACGCAGUCCGUCAAUGAAGUGUCCAUCUCCAUGAUCGAGCCACGAUGA